AUGUCCUAUCGUGAGGACCAAUCAAUCCUUUGCACAGGUGAGUCAGGAGCAGGAAAGACCGAGAACACCAAGAAGGUCAUCCAGUAUCUGGCCCAUGUCGCCUCGUCACACAAAGGACGCAAGGACCACAACAUUCCUCCAGAAUCUCCUAAAGCAAUGAAGCUCCAGGGCGAGCUGGAACGGCAGCUCCUACAGGCCAACCCCAUCCUGGAGUCCUUCGGCAACGCCAAGACCGUCAAAAAUGACAACUCGUCACGUUUUGUACGUUCAUACUCUGGGUUCUACUGCAUGACUAUGCU